UGUGAAACCCAAUUGGCCUCGAGUGCUAAACUUGAGGGAGGGAGAGAAUGUGAUGCGCAGUGAAGGGGAAGAAGGGUUGAGUUGAAACUUGAAAGGAAGGGAAGUUUACUUUUCCCUCGGGAAUUGGCAAACGCCCAGUUAACGUGCCCCACUCCCCCAACCGGUUUCACCAAAAUUCGUGACCCCGCGUUUCACCAUUUCGGCUUUCUUUCACCCCCGCCUGCUCCUCUUUCUGCUCGCUCACUCCCUCCUUCCCUCAAAUUCUUAUUGUCAUCGCCAUCAUCAUUGCUACCACCAUCACUCUUUCUUUCUUUGAAUCCACCCUCGUCCUCCCUGUAAAUCCAUCAUCAUCAUCUUUCUCUCUCUUCUCUCUGUCUUUAUGUACUUGGCAUUUAUCUGUACCUGUGAAAUUUUUUGUGACAUUCUCCAUCUAUUUCUGGAUCAUUCUUGGAUUUCUUCUCCCGUAGAGAAAAGUUUAAAAUGCAAGAUUGUUUCCUUCGUUUGGAGGGUCGUCCUUGGAUUGCACUACGUUAGAUUUUAUAUCCUGCAACCCCUACUGAGCCGUUACGUCGUGGACAAAGUGGAAGAGGCAUUGGGCGUCCUUCGAUAGUGGUUCCGUGUCGCCGGAUUCUGAUGGUGCGUGGCGGGUCUGGGUACCUGUUCGGUUUCCGGUCGACUGGUUAAACGGGAAGUUAGGUUUCUGGGCUUGUCGGUGAUGGUGGCGUGUGGGUUCUGAGUGUCUUUCUAGAAGGACAGGGGUUCGGGGUUUCUUUGUCGGCGUUUCGAUCGUCGCUGUAGGUGAUGACCGGAACUUGACGGGGCUCUUUAGGGAAUUGAGGUUUCUUGUUAGUUUCAGUGGAACAUUUGUUUUGCUGGUUGAGAAUUCUUAGAGAAGGUAACUGGUGGAUAGGAGCGUUUGGGUGCUCCGAGCUAUUUUAAUUAGGGUUCCGUCCAUUAUAUGGGAGACAUGGAACACGUGAUCGGCGGCAAGUUUCGGCUCGGCAGGAAGAUUGGGAGCGGAUCUUUUGGUGAGCUUCAUCUCGGCCUUAAUAUUCAGACUGGUGAAGAGGUGGCUAUUAAGCUGGAACCUGUGAAGACUAAGCAUCCUCAACUUCACUACGAGUCCAAAUUGUAUGUCCUUCUUCAGGGAGGAACGGGGAUUCCCAAUUUGAAAUGGUUCGGUGUGGAGGGUGAAUACAAUGUAAUGGUUAUUGACCUCCUUGGACCAAGUCUGGAAGACUUAUUCAACUAUUGCAACCGGAAGUUCACAUUAAAAACAGUACUGAUGCUUGCAGAUCAGUUAAUCAACCGAAUUGAAUAUGUUCAUUCUAGAGGUUUCAUUCAUCGGGAUAUCAAGCCAGACAAUUUCCUCAUGGGACUGGGGAGGAAAGCAAACCAGGUAUACAUAAUAGACUUUGGGUUAGCAAAAAAGUACCGAGACCUUACGACCCAUAAGCACAUCCCAUACAGGGAAAACAAGAACCUCACUGGAACAGCUCGUUAUGCAAGUGUCAACACUCAUCUGGGAGUAGAACAAAGUAGGCGAGAUGAUCUUGAGUCACUUGGCUAUGUGCUCAUGUACUUCUUGCGAGGAAGUCUCCCAUGGCAAGGUCUAAAAGCUGGAACAAAGAAGCAGAAAUAUGACAAAAUAAGUGAGAAAAAGAUGUUGACUCCUGUGGAGGUCCUGUGCAAAUCGUAUCCAUCAGAAUUUAUAUCGUACUUCCACUAUUGCCGCUCCUUGCGAUUUGAUGACAGACCAGAUUAUUCAUACUUAAAAAGACUGUUCCGUGAUCUUUUUAUUCGGGAAGGUUUUCAAUUUGAUUAUGUAUUUGAUUGGACAAUUCUGAAAUACCCACAGAUUAGUUCUAACUCAAGAACACGUCCAUCUCCAAACAUUGGAAAAAGUGGUGCAGCUGUUGGCCCAUCAGCUGAAAGGAUGGAAAGGACUUCAGUGGGACAGGAGAUCCGUGACAGAUUUUCUGGUGCAGUUGAGGCAUUUUCCCGCAGGAACAGUGGAGUUUUGGGGCAACAUGGUGAGCAUUCAAAGCAGAAGGGUUUGGAAGCUCAUCUCCACCCAGGCUUAAAAGAUACAUCAGAUGCUGAAAGAGGCCGUGGAUCUUCAUCCAGAAACGGUGGCAGCACAAAGAGAGCAGUUCCUUCCAGCAGCAGGCCCAGCUCCUCCGGCGAUCCCGGGGACCAUGGUCGGUCAUCUUCCCGGCUCAUUUCAAGUAGCAGUGGCCGUCCAUUGGCUACACAGCGUCUUCAACAUGGAUAUGAUGCAAAGCCCGCGACCCUCUCCCGAAAUCUGGUGUCGAGGUCCUCCCGGGAUGAGCUGAGGAAUUUCGAGCUUCUAUCCGUAGGCGACAAGAGAAAGUGAAACGACUAAAAAUGAGGAAACUAUGGUGGUAGCUCUGAAUGUGAAAUGUGAAUAUACAUGAAGGGAUAAAGUGGAAAAGGGCCCCCACCCUGGAUUUCUGCUCCAAGUUCGAGCAUCUAUCUUUACCUAAAUAGGUUGGUGCGUCAUUGUCUAUAUUUUCAUGUAGUUGAAGCGCUGAUCGACAGAUGUAUAUGUAAGAGAGUUCGAUGAAUCCGAUCACGAUGCCUGCUACUACAGUUAAUUGUUCCCCGGCGACUCUUUACCGGUGGAAGGAGAGGCUUCUAGAGACCAUCGUACCUGCGUGCUGAGGCGGGUCAGUUGCGGUUUGGUGCAAGGACUGCCCCCGUUAUUUCAUCUGCUUCCCCCUUUCUUUUGGGGUUUAUUUUCCAGCGCGAACCAUUGUGAUAUAUGAGACUCUAUUAUCAACGCAUUAUAAUCUUACAUUAUUAUGAACGCAUUAUAAUCUUACAUUAUUGAUCAUGUAAAUGCUAGUAUGUGAGAGCAUUCAAACUAUUCUCUCCAAGUUGAAAUGUAGUCUCUUAUUCA